AUGCGUGGCGGUCGUAAGCAACAGCAACAACAACCUUUCAGAAAACCCUUAGUUCUACCAGUGAUAAUUCGCAGAGUUAUUCGCAAAGUUAUUCGCAGAGUUAUUCGCAGGACUAUUCGCAGAACUCUUUGCAGAACUCUUGGGAGAGAAAACUGCGUAGAAAUACUUGGCACGUUAAUGAAACUAGCCAACAUAAAUUGCACGCCACAUUCCUACAAUGAAGAGAAGAAUAUUGAUGAAGAUGAAAUGUAUCCUAGAGAAAAAACUGAUGAGAAAUUUGUUAAUCCGAACAAAUCUGAAUUGCCUAAAAUUACCGUAAAAAUUUCACAAUUGUCUUUGAAUGAUAGUGCAAGUGAUCAUUCUGAUGAUAUUAUCACUCCUAAAACUCCUGAACGGAUGAUUACCAGUCCAACUGAAGAUUCAUCUCUACUAAUUAAUUUGGAUGAACCACAAACUACUCCAAAACAAGUGGAAUAUAAAAUCUCUGAAGAUAUUUUUUCUCUUGAUUGGGAAAAAUAUCAAUAUUCUAUUUUUGCAAAUGAAUCUCGAUCUUCAAGACAAAAUGCUCCACAACCGACUCGAUGCAAAUUGCCUGCAUCAUUAGCUGAUUUUGAUUCCUUGUAA